UAGGAAUAUUAAAUGAAUUUUUACUCUGCAGCUAUGAUGCAAUCAACUGUCGAGUAGUGAAGUUUGCAUAUUUAAGCGCAAAGAAGCCAUGAUAGUGCGAAAAUGUCGUGCAUUCCGUUAGUUCAUUAGUAACAUACUUACGACCUAGAAGAGAAACGCAAAAAGUACUCUCAAGAACAAUCUAAUGCAUUCUAAUCAACAACGUGAUCAUUGGCAAUAAUUUCAUUGUGUGAGAUUAUUAUGGAUAAAAAUAGAACAAUUGAAAAAAAUUUCUCAUAAGUCUCAUGACGAGUACGAAUACGAGAAAAAAAAGAAGAAGAAAGAGAAAAGGAAAAGAAGAAAAAGUGAGAGAGAAGAAAAUUGUAAAAGUGAAUGAAAAAAUGUUUAUGACAAAUUUCGUCGCAUGUAAACAUGUAACGACUGCAAAUGAGCUGAAGCCUCGAAUUAAGUGGAAAAGGAAAAGUUAUAAAGCAUGUGCGAGAAUAAGUUUUGGAGAAGACGAUAAAAUUAAUACAUAAAAAGAACAACAUAAAUUUCAAGGAAAAAGUGUGAAGAAGAAAUAAAAAACGAUAAGCAAUCAAAUGCAUGUGCAAGUUUAGUUGAAUUCGAAUGCUUAAACGAUGACCCAACGACUAAAGCUCUUUUAUGGAUUACUCGGAGCUGUUAUUGGUCUGUGCAUUGGAACGUUCCUGAAGAAUUUUAGCACGAUGGAAACACUCAGUCGAUGUGAUACAAUUUCAUUACCAACCAUUCAGUCGAGAUCACCACUAGAAAUAAUUAAUUUAACUGCCGAAGAGACGCCAUCAAACUCCCAACGAACACUUGUCUUUGUGGGCGUUAUGACCUCCAAAGAUUUCCUCGAGUCGCGAGCUAAAGCUGUUUACAAUACAUGGGGAAAACUUGUUCCUGGAAGGAUUGCUUUCUUCUCAUCUGAAGGUUCAUCGGGUGAUGAUCUUCCAGUCGUUGCAUUGAACGGUGUCGAUGAUCGUUAUCCUCCACAAAAGAAAUCUUUUAUGAUGUUGCAUUACAUGUACGAACAUUUCAUUGACAAGUUUGAGUGGUUUUUAAGAGCUGACGAUGACGUUUUCAUCAAACCUGAUAAGCUUGAAAAAUUUUUACGUCGCGUUGAUUCAACAAAGGCGCAGUUUAUCGGCCAAGCAGGUCGAGGGAAUAACGAAGAAUUUGGGUUGUUGUCGUUGGAGUUUGAUGAAAACUUUUGUAUGGGUGGACCUGGAAUCAUCAUGAGUCGACAAACGUUAAAAAGAGUGGCACCACAUAUACCAACAUGUCUCAAGAAUCUCUACAGUACUCAUGAAGAUGUUGAAAUCGGUCGAUGUGUACAAAAGUUUGCGGGAAUUCCAUGCACGUGGAAUUACGAGAUGCAAUCAAUCUUUCAUCACAAUUCAAGUGGAAAUCGUGCAUUUUCUGGUAAUCUAAAGAAGAAAGAAGUGCAUAGUGCCAUAACACUUCAUCCAAUUAAACGAUCGCCAUUAAUGCAUCGUAUGUACGCAUAUUAUCUCGGUUUAACCGCACAAGAGUUGCGUCAACAAUCACUUUAUCUUCACCGAGACAUUGCUCAAAUGAUUAGUUUACUACAAAUUCCAAAGACACAUAAAAUGUUAGCACGUGGCGUGCCUUUGUUUCCAGACAAUGAUAGAGAUAGUUUUAACUUCAUAGACGAUCAUGAUAUUUUAGGAAAUUUCCCCAAUCUAAAUCGGUAUAUGCCGGAUGAUCUCAGUGAUCUAAAAGAAUGGGAUUUUCUUGCCAAGAGUAUUUAUUCAGCAUCACAUUUAAAUCCCAAACGUAAAAUGGAAUCGUCAUUACGAGAAGGUUUAGAUGAUGUGAUAAGAGAAAUUAUGGAGAAUAUCAACACUUACUCUCGACAACGGGGUCGAGUGAUUGAAUAUAGGGAACUUUUAUAUGGAUACUCAAGAGUCAACAGCAUGCAUGGUCAUGAUUUAAUUUUAGAUCUUCUAUUAGUUUAUAAAAAAUAUCGAGGUAAGAAAAUGACUGUGCCGGUGCGGAAGCAUCUCUAUGUCCAAAGAUCGUUCACUGAGACGAGAAUAAGGGAAAUUACGAACAAUGAUGAAUUACCUAAUAAAGGCUUGGUGCAAAGCAAUUUAGCAUUCAACAGAUUCACUGACAAAAUGAAAUCACUUUUUAAUGAUGGAUUUAAUGACUUUUACACUGCAGGAAAGCCAAGAGAGAGCAAUUCAAAUACAUUCGAUGACAAGAUCAUUUUCAUCCUGCCACUUUCAGGACGAUAUGAAAUAUUCCUAAGAUUUCUGAAGAACUUUGAAGAUGUUGCACUUCGAACAAAUGAAAAUGCUGAGCUUUUGAUUUCACUUUUCAUCAAUUCAACCGAUCAUAGAAUAUCGUCAGUAUUCCAAAUCAUCGAUCAUUUGAACAAAAAAUAUCAACGUCAUGCUGUGAGAACGAUAAAACUUUAUGGUGAAUUCUCGCGUGGUGUAGCGAUCGACAAAGCAAUUCAAUCAAGUCACAUUAAGGAUGAAGAUAUAAUCUUUUUAAUUGAUGUUGAUAUUCUAUUCCAAACAUUAACAUUAAAACGAAUCCGACAGAAUACGAUUCGCAAUCAGCAAAUUUAUUUGCCUAUUGUAUUUAGUGAAUACAAUCCAGAGUUAGUUAACAGUCACGUUGGGAAUAUUCCCUACACGACAUCAUCAUCAUCAUCACUGCCAUCUGAAAGUCGAUCGUUCUUGUCAGAUUAUAAUAAGAUGUCAAUGAAUUAUGAGUAUUAUGUAAAUUCUUCGACGCUGAUCAACAACGAGAGCGGAUAUUUUCGUGAAUUUGGAUAUGGAAUUGCUUCAAUUUAUAAAUGUGAUAUAAUGAAUAGUAAAAUAAAUGGCUUCGUGACAGAUAUCAAAGGCUGGGGACUUGAAGAUGUUAAAUUCCUAGAGAAGAUUCUCACAGCCAGUCAUCAAUUGCAGAAUCAACUUUUGCUUUCAAUUGCUGAUGGUGUAGAAAUCAAUCAGAACGCAUCAUCAAGUAACAAUUUGGAUGUGUUCCGAUCGCCUGAUCCAUCGCUCGUUCAUAUUUAUCAUCCAAUCGUGUGUGAUAAGAAUUUAGAAAAGAAUCAGUAUAAAAUGUGCCUUGGCACGAAGUCGAAUACUUUAGGGAAUUUCCGUCUGUUGAAAGAAAAAUACUUUUUAAAGCGAGAUUUUAUGCAACUUGUUAAUAAAGUUAAAGAGGUUGUGGUUAAUUAAACAUAAAAGCUUUGGCCAGAAAAGAUCAAAUCGCAAAGGAAAUACUGUCGUAAGGCUAAUAUUUAAUAAGCUUUCGGAAGCUUUCAAAAGCUCCAUAAAAGAAGAUUAAAAAGAAAAUUAAAUUUCAUCCAAAAUUGCCAAUGUAGCUGAUAUAUUUCUUCUAGAUGUUUAAGCUUCCAACUAAAACGAGUUCGAGAUGUUUUUUCCAAUUUUAAUAAUCUAAUAAACAUGCCAAAAAUGUUCUAUAUGGUAUCAGAAUGUUAAUAAAUUUUGUUAUUCUUAUACUUUCCUUCUUUCGAAGAAUUUUCCAUCAUGACAUCAUUUGCAAAAUCACCCUUUAGUAAUUAGUUUUUGCCAAAUCUAGUUCAUGCAUGUAAAUUGAUAUAAGUAUGUAAACGACAUUAAGUAAAUAAAUUCUCAUGUUUAAAGUUUAAACAUAAACACGAUGAAAUUAGUUUGAGUUGUUAUUGACAUACAACGCGUAGUUACGCGUCAUUAUUUCUCUGAUUAAGAAAUGUGGAUUAAAGGUGAAGCUGACAUAUUUAUGUAC